AGGAGGGUGGAGGGGGCAGGGGGAGGUAGGUAUAAAAACUUGGGCAGUUGGAUUAAAAUUGAUUCACUGUGAUAGGCAGAGAAAGAAAGGAAAGAGGUGAGAAGAACACAUCCGUGAAAACUAUAAAACAUCAGCUCUAUCCCUUUGGAUAGUAAGAUGAAGGUCUCUCUGCUGUGUGUGAUGCUGGGUGCUCUUGUCGCUCUGGGCCUGUGUUACGAUUCCUCUGAGAGUAAUGAAUCAUCUGAGGCCGUGUUUAUGAAUCCGCGGCAAGCCAGCGCCUUCAUCAAACGCCCAAGAGUGGACAACUACAACAACAACUAUAGGAGGAUGAGGAAGUCACCUGCAGAACAACGCGCAGAGCUUUGUGAAGAUCACUAUGCCUGCCGCAGCUAUGCACAUCGCUAUGGCUCGCAGUCGGCCUAUCAGAGAUACUUUGCAGCGCGGAAUCGGAGAACCUGAACCAUGCAAGAAUCGAUUAGACGCAGAGCAUGUUGGUCAACCGAUGCAUCGAUACCGGCACCCUUUCAAAUAUAGCAUUCUAUCUGAGACCCAUUCACUUACAAGUGGUACCCUAUACAUUACCAUGGAAAUAACACUGUGCUCUUUGGCAUAACAGCUGUGAUUGUGAAGCUACUUUUGCACACAAGGCUCAUAUUGUACAUGUCACUGAGAGUCUGUACUUCAUAUAGCAUUAUAUACCCAGUUGCCUCUCUCUCCUUCUCACACUGUGAAACCAUUUCAGCAUGAAAACAGUGCUUAGGGAGACCAAGCAGUCAAAACAUUAGUCACCAUAGGUGUUAUUCGCUAUUCUGUUUUUAUCACACUACAUACUUCCUUUAUCAUUCAUCUCACAAUUGACAUGUCUGCUGUUUUCUGUCCAUGCAUUUUGAAAAAUUAAAAUAGGUUUUUAAAAAACGAAAA